UUCCCACUGUAACUUCAGGAGCAUAAAUAGAGGCAGCACCAAGCUGCGAGAAAAUUUGUUGUUUGCUAGGAAGGGGAAGGUGAAUCUGCUUGUCCAAGCACAAGCAAUUUUGCUGCUUGCAGCCGGUUGUGUGGAAGUGUAUCAUGGAGCAGCCGGUGCAAACAGAAGUGUGGAAAGCGCAGACUUUACAGGAACUGAUCCAGAUCCUGCAUCACUUAUUUUCUAGUGAUAAAGUCAGUGUAGAAGAAGUGCAAGCCUUAAUGGAAUCGUAUGAGAGCAACCCUGUGGAGUGGAUGAAAUAUGCCCAAUUUGACCAAUACAGGUACACAAGAAAUCUUGUGGAUAAAGGAAAUGGAAAGUUCAACUUGAUGAUCUUAUGCUGGGGUGAAGGACAUGGCAGCAGUAUUCAUGAUCACACUGAUUCACACUGCUUUAUGAAGAUCCUUCAGGGGAAUCUAAAAGAGACUCUGUUUGAGUGGCCUGGGAAAAAAGGGACUGGAGCAAUGACGAAGAAAUCAGAACGAGUUUUGGGGGAAAAUCAAUGUGCCUAUAUCAACGACUCCAUUGGCCUGCACCGUGUGGAGAACACAAGCCACACAGAGUCUGCUGUUAGUCUGCACUUGUACAGCCCAUCCUUUGACAGCUGUAACACCUUUGAUCAAAGAACUGGACACAAGCAUAAAGUCAAAAUGACAUUCUAUAGUCAAUUUGGAGAAAGGACCCCAGGUGCAACAGCAGUGUCACAAGAGAACAACUGAGAAGCACCAGAAUUAAUGCGUUAAGGCCUGCUGAAUGUUUGACCAGGGACAGAAGAAUUGUCUAGCUGAUGCUAGCUAUAGUUGAAUAACCAGUACAUAGAAAUACAGUAGGGAAGCUUCCUGGCAAUAUGUAGUUAUGUUGAAUGAAUACUGAUUAUGGGACCCUAAGAUGAAUAGUGCUAUAAGCUGCUGCAGGGGUUAGAUGCCUUUACAUAGGCUGUUGUAAAGUCAGAAUCAAAUACCUUGUUUUUCUGAUCUUAGCCUCUUCUAAAUUCCACUUUUGAAACUGUACUGGGAAUAUCAGUACUAGGUGUUUUAAACAGCAUUUGACACUUUUUAUAGGUCUUUUUAUAUGGUAUGUGUGCUCAGUGUAUUUAGUAAUCUAAACUUUGUAGCCUCAAGUCACCAUUUGUACCCAUUUGUAAUGUAUUGGAUACUAGUAACAGCAGUUGUCGUUUUUUUUUUAAUUAAACCUUUUAUGUUUUAAUGCUCUGGAACAUUUUGGUAGUUAUGCAUUUUUUAUUUUUUAUUUUUUUUUUAAAUUUAAUUUGUCAGAUCUGUUUUUAAACAGGAGGAAUAAUGCACUUCAUGUACAAUGAUGUUUGAAAAGUUAACUGAGUUGGGCAAAGGUCUGGGUUUUUAACCAGACUAAUUAUGUUUAAUAUGGCUAACAUCCAGUUUCCAGAGUUCUGUUGUGUAGCUACUGAAUGCCUUUAGGGAAACCUAAAUAAAACUGGAUUUGAGCACAAAUUUCAAAAGUUUGCAGCCUCUUUCCUGAAAAUAUAAAAAAUGC